AUGCGCUGGCUGGGGAGCGGCAGCCGACUCACUGGGGAAUCAGAACUGAGGAUCAUCCUCGUCGGUAAGAGUGGAGGUGGGAAAAGUGCAACAGGAAACACCAUCCUUGGGCGGGAGGAGUUUGAGUCCGUACUGGAGGCAACGCCCAUUACUCAGACAUGCACUGAAGGCAGCAGCACCUGGAAAGGAAAGAAGGUUGUGGCUAUCGACAUACCUGCUAUUGUUGACACAGAGCACUCUGAUGAACAAACUGACCAUGAGAUCAGUCACUGUAUGGAGCUCUCCUCCCCAGGCCCCCACGCUCUGGUGCUGAUGGCCCAGCUGGGCCGUUACACUGAGGAAGACCAGCACACCGUGAAGAGAGUAAAAGAGAUUUUUGGCCCCAGGGCCAUGAAGUACACAAUCGUCUUAUUCAUCCACAGAGAAGCCUUACGGAGUGGAACCCUGGAGGAAUAUAUCUCCCACACGGAUAACAAACAGCUUCAGGAGGUGAUCGAACAGUGUCAGGGCCGAUACUGCGCUUUCAACAAUAAAGCUACAGGGGAUGAACAGGCUGCCCAGGCUAAAGAGCUGAUGACUAAGAUUGCUCAAAUGGUGGAGAGGAAUAAAGACCAUCCGUUCUACACCAAUGAGGUGUAUGAAAAGGUUGAGAAGCUUCUAAAGGAAAAAGCCCUAUUUUAUGAGAAAGAUGAAAGGCCACGUUGGUGUGAAAUAGGGGAGGCUGAGAUGAGAAAAUUGAAGGAAACACAGAAAUCCUAUGAGGAAAAACAAAAAUCCAAGGCUGAUCAAAAUAAGCAUGGCACUGGAAAAGGGAACUUUCAGAAAUCCAAGUGUCUCAAAGCCAAAAUGCCUGAAGUUCUGAAAUUAUGGUAA